CACACGAAGAUGCCAUGAUGCGUUCUUUUGGUGCGAGGUCUUCAUGGAGUUCAGACGUAGUUGACAUGAGCUCCGCAAAAAAGUUAAAUUUUGUGAAGUACAGAGUGUAGUAGGUAAUAUGUGUGGCCCCCAACGGGAUAUCAGCGAGGUGUUUGCUGAUAUUGCUCUUGUCGAGGAUCGAAUAGUUGAGACAGCGUACGCCGAGGGUUUUAGUGAAGGCGUCACCUCGGGAAAUACCGACGCUUACCAUUUGGGGUACCACAGAGGCGCGGAAAUUGGGGCUGAAUUUGGUUACUAUUUAGGGAUUGUGGCUUUGAAUGAAAAUUGUGCGAGAAAGAAGCAAGCUGAUGCAGUAAAAUCCCUAAAACAGUCUCUCGAGGGAUUUCAAGGUUAUAAUUGUGGAUUGGAGGAAAAAAUUUCGGUAAUUCGUGGAAAAUUCCACAAAGUCUGUGCCCUCCUGGGCAUCAAGGGGGCCAUUAAGACUGGAGAAUUGGAUUUCUAAUGAUGUGUACAGCAGAUAAAGUUCAGGAGACGCUCGGAAGGACACUUGACUUCCUGAAAGAGCAUCAGAAUUUAAUUGAUUGCCACGUGGUGGACUUCCUGUGGAACAAUCAUUGGGAGAAGCUCCUUCCAGUAGACCUGCGAAAAGAAUUGGAUGCAAAUGGGGGCGAAAUCAUUGAAAAUCUCCAAUCGAUAUUGUCUGGAAACUGUCCCUAUAAGCAGCUCAGGGAGUUUCUCACAAAGGCCAAAAAUCAUAGCUUAGCUUCUUUUGACCAAGCCAUAAAUCUAGAGGAUUUUCUACCUGAAGAACAGCCCCUGAAAGUAACGGACUUCAUGACGCCUAAAAAGAUGCAUGAGGUAAAAUCUGCAAGUCGCUUGGUAUCCUGGCUCUGUUCAAAGUCAAAGUCUCCAAUAGUUGUUGUUGAUGCUGGAGAUGGGAAGGGAUAUCUGUCUUCAUGCCUUGCAUUUGAAUACAACUUACCAGUAAUUGGAUUAGAGGCAAAUGCUGAUUACCAGAAAAGUGCUAAAAAUCGAGUGGCAAAAUUGAAGAAAAAGUGGAAAAUAUCCGAUCGUGAAAAAAACUACAAAUCGAUGGCUAUAACUGUGACCAGUGAUCUUAGGAUCGGUAAAAUAUCACAGGAAGCCUUUUCAAUGGACGAUGAAAAGAACUUCUGCCUCAGUGGUCUUCAUACUUGUGGAGAUCUAGCUGUUAGUUGUUUGGAGAUCUUCAUCAGAGAUCCUUAUGUGAGAUAUCUCUGCAACAUUGGUUGCUGCUACAAUUUGCUGUCCAGGUUUCCCGAUUUUAUUGCUCUUCUUGGCGCGAGCUCUAAUUUAACGACCGUCUCGAAGAGAAAGUAAUCUUAAGAACUUGUCACUAUAGAUCACCUAUUUUACGAGCUCUUCAGGAAUAGAGGGUGCCUUUGUCUGCCUAAUAAGCCAACAAAUGCACCCCUUUUUUUUCUUCUUGGUCCUCAUAUCUUGCCCAUCGUGAUUUUAUGACCUUUUUGAGAUCACCUGCCUUUUCUCUAAUGAGCGUGGUGUGUUUAUUACCCUGAAGGGGUACUAAUGACUUCAAGGGGUUAUUUUUAUCUUUGGGCUACAAAUUCCUUGAGGACCAAUUUCCCAGAGAACUUUCUCAUGAUACUGAACAUGAUCUAUCAUGUCUCUUCUUGAACGAGCGUGCAUGAUCUCGCGUAAAUACGGGACAAUGGUUGUGAUGCAGAAAUGAGUCACAACAACUUUUUGCUUCUUUCAAUGUCUAUUCUCUGGAUUUAUUACCUUUAAAUUUCAAUACGUGGUGAGGAUUUACCUGAAUAAAACGUAAAAAACCUCCUGAUUAUCCAAGACAAAUUCUCCCCAACAAUCCCUGGUAAUGAUACCUGAAUAAAACGUAAAAAACCUCCUGAUUAUCCAAGACAAAUUCUCCCCAACAAUCCUUGGUAAUGAUACCUGAAAUGGAGAGAACACAGGCCUGUUUAUCCUGGCGAAGGAGGAUCAAUAAAAAUUUUCCUCCGUGUUCUUGUGCGCAGAAUUUUUCCUGGAAGAGCGCACGCUCGUUGGGCUGGCUGCACGAGGCUGCAGAAUUUUCCACUUUUCUUCAACACAAGACACUUUCAGGGAAACACUUGGGGCCUCACUCGAUGAGGGUUAAGUUAAACAACUUAUGCAGUCGCGAAAGAUCACCUUUUGUUUAUUUUAUUCAAUAAAUUAAAGAAAUUUGUGGCAGAGCGAAAAUUACACCCAAUCAUUUGAACUUGCAGAAAGGAAGAGAAAAAAAAAGUCCGUUAUGGAGAGGGGAAAAAAUAAUCAAUUGACACAUUAGACAAGUCACCCAAUAAAUAAUCAUGGGUUUAAAUUUCCAUGGACAAAUUUAGGAUAUGUCUUUUUCGCGUGAACAAUACGUUUUUCUUCAAUUAGUUUUGAUUUAGAUUUCUUUAGUUGUUUAAACUAAAUGCAUCCCCCUUUUUGGUCACUCUUAUCUCGCCCAUCGUCAUACUAAUGUCUGUGGGCUAUAAAUUUCGUGAGGACUAAUUGCAGUAAAAAAAAGCUCUCGCGAUAUUUCUUGAUAUUUCACGAAAGAACCAGCGCGAUCAUGGAUAUUUGAAAACCGAGUUGUGAUGCACAAAAUGCGUCACAAACAUAUUGUUCUUACUCUGUAUUGGAUAUUUCGUCCUCUUCCGUAUCCCAUUUAGGUGACACUCCGCAAUCGUCCACUUCUAUUUCUUGAUAACUAAUCCUUCUCCUUUCUCCUUUAUCUUCAUUCCGUUGCAUUGGCUCCGCUCGACCUUGGUACUGACGCCAAAAUGGUCUGCGACCACGACUGGCUCCGUUUUCUUGACGACCAGACAUUGCUUCGAUGAAAUUAUUUUGUAUUGUUUUGUCGCAAGGGAAAUUUCAUACACUGUACGCUUAAACCAAAUUUGAAACCGGUCCUCUUAUUUUCCUCUUAUCCGAAUAAGUAUGAUCUAGCCUUGCGAUAAUUCCUUUGAAAUUUAGCACGGUAUCAUGGGAUGCUAUGAUAGUAUCUGCGUUUCCAAAAAUUUUAUUACGGAUAAUUGCGACAGCUUGAUAAUGUUUCGAAAUACCAGUAUAAGGUUUGUCCACUUUAAUUGGCGGUGUGGGCGGCUUGUCGUCAUGAUGGAUACUUAAACUGUGUUCCAUCAAAUUCUAGUAAGCAUUUGACCAGAUCUAAUCCAUCAGGACAUGCCCUAAUUGAAGAAAUUUCAUUGGGUUGAUACGAAAUAUAACCUAAGUCUGACUUGUCAAGGCAUUUAUCUUUGAGGUUAAAACCUCAAUAUCCUCUUGAAAUUCAAAUUUUAACCGAUUUGAAAAUGUCUCUUGAUUUAUAUUAAAAGUGGACGGAGUUAUAGCACGUAGAGUACCCUCAUCUACUCCGGUAGUCCUGAUUACCUUUCCUUAUUGAAGGGGUUCGGUAAUCUCUAUCCUAUUCGGCGCACAAAAUCAAAUUUAAGACUUUGAAAUUUAUUCAAAAACGAAUGACACAAUGGGAAGAUAAUUAAAAAAUAUUUCACAAAAAAAGGAAUGGAAGUUACACCCGAAAGUCAUAAUUCAAUCGAAUGGAAACAAAAAUUCAAGAAAUUUCAAAAGAAACGAGCAAAGGAAAAAAACAGGGGACACACUUAUAAUAACAUUGCUAUCAGUGUUAUCACUGUCUGUUGUCCUUUACUUUUAAAUUUCUUUUCUGUUUUUUCACGUUCGCACUAUAGCGAUACUGAAUCUCAUGAUACUGUAUAUUUCAUGAAGGAAUUUUCGUGGGAAGGAAAAUACUAUCGUCCCAACUAUUCUUAACUAUCUUAUUAUCCCUGAUUAAUUUUUUGGCAUCAACAAGGAAGCUACUAUAACUUGUUGAUUGUGCGUAUUUUAAAUUAUAACUUGUUAUUUUAUGUUUGAGGUAAAUGACAUUGUAUUUAUUAAAAUGUCUUUGAUAAAUGAGUAGGAGUUAGAUCAGAAUGCUCUUCUUGUUUGAUAUCCUUAGGACGACUCUCGCUAUUUCACGGUUUGGGUUCGCCCUCCCUUGUUGGCCUUGAGAAAGGCCGUUUCUUAGAAGUUUUGAGAGUCUGACCCUCUUGCUUCGAUCCACUUGGUGGCCGGUUUGGAUUAGCUUUAUUCAUAUUUUCCGUUGAUAAAUGUUUGGGUAUCCGGCCCCAAAACCAAUUCAGUGUGCAACCAAAAUGGUUCCAACUUCAGAAUAUUGAAGUAAUUUUAUAAGGUGUUAUUUGCCAAUAUCUUUUUUUUUUUAUAAAACUUUAGGGAUUUCAUAUUUUCGUAUGUGAAAUUCAGCGUUUUUUUUUUAAUAUCUAUAUGCCUAGCAGUUAUCUGUUAGAUUAACGAUAGCAUUUUCUUGUUAUCAAACCUUUGCCAGAAAUAUAAAUAAAACCUCGCUUUGGUUUUACUAUUUUAUUCUUGUAACUUGUUCUUACAAGAAUAGUUUUUGUUAUAAAAAAUAUGUUACGUUCUAAAAAUAUGAUGACCGUAAAUAAACCUUGUUAGGCCUUUGUAAGUUACUUACAAAAUUUUAUAUCUUGGAAUAUUACAAAAGGAUAUUUAUCUACGAAUGUACAUGUACAUUGUGCAUAUGGUAGAAUUUUCUUGUUAUCAAACCUUUGCCAGAAAUUUAAAGAACCUAACAAUAGUAGGUCGUCGACCUCAUAUUUAGUAUAUUGGAAAAUUGAAAUUUCUCGAAAAUCUAUACUUAAAUUUUACUUAUAUAUAUCAUCUUUAUCUAUUUAUCAAAAUUUUCAAGAGAUUCUGCUUGAAAUUCCGCUCGUUUAUGGUUCGAAUAUUUGUUGUGACCUAUCGGGUUCAACUGAAUAUCAAAUAUCAUCAUGUACAGUCUGAAUAGUAUUAUUGCUAUAAUUAUUAUUCCAAUAAUACUUGAUACAAAAAUUCCAGAAUUAUCAUUGAGUUUGUCUGUGGAAACUUUAAAUUUUGGAAGGUCAGGUGUCUCUUUUAAUUCAUUAAUCUGUUGCAUGAGGUCUUCUAAAUGAUUUUCCCCUAUAUUGGAGGUAAUAGGUAUGGCACGUAUAGGACUAUUUAUUUGUUUGGCUUUUAUUGGUUUAUAAGCUUUUGAUGAUGCAAUGGUGUGCGGUUAUGUUUGGGGAAUCUAUGGUGAAUGCUGACUGCAAAUGUAUGCCAUCAUCCACCACUUGACAUUCACCUUGUAGGGACAUUAACUCUUUUCCGGAAAUAAUUUUAUAGAGUAAAGUUUUGUGAUUAUUGCAAAAAUACUGUAUAGAGGUGUUUUCUUUUACAAUGAAGAGGAAUAGGUUAUCUUCUAGCUGUGCCCAAUAAUUCCUUUUUGUCUGAUACCCUCUCAUUUCACAAUUUUCCGUAUUUCCUAUCAAUAGUGAUAUCUCACACGAGGGAACAUUAAAGAGUAUAGACAAUCAGAACAGGACAUGACAGAUACGCAUCUGUUUUAAUUCCGUACACUUAUUAAAUUGAUCUGUAGUUAGAAGGCUGUACCGAUCUUGGUCUUUAUUGGAAGUUAUAUAUGGGUAUUCAACGUUUAAUAUAUUAUAAGAAUUAGAAUUCAUAUAGGGCAAAGGAAGAAGUUGAAAUGUAUCAAAAUCUUGUUUCUCACAUAAAGGUAUCUUAAUAAAGGCCAUAAUUUGUCUUGAAUAUGUAACAAUAUGUAAUUGCAUAAUGCUGUAUAUUUCAUUUAGAUUCUCUGUGGGUCAUACUACAUUAUCGUUAUGAUGGUAUCUAAUAGCUUUAUAUUCUUUAAACAAUUCUCCAGGUGUUAGUAAGUAACUGCUAACUUGUCCAUUGCGACCAGCCUGAAUUAUGUUCAAUAUUUUAUUCAAACUGAAGAAUAUGUCAUCAUAUUUAUUUAACAUAUCGGUUCGUAAGGUAUUGAAAUAAUGUUUUAGAUGUAACCGUUCAAUUUCACUAUCUUGAAUCUGGAGGGUUGUUUUUUUUUCCAAGAAAAUUUUUGAUUUUGGUUUAAUUGGAGCACGGGGAAGGUUGGGCAUACUAUUCUUGCUACCAGCAGAAUUUUCUGGCUUAUCCUCCAAAGUGAUUUUGUAGUGCCGUGGUAUUUAAGGAAAUCGAAACUUUUUUCCAAGUGCAUGACCACCUCAGGAAAUCCUCCAGUCGGAUCGGUUCAGCAGAUGAUGAAUAACAAAAGGUAUUGGCACCAAUAGUAUUUAUUUCACUUCUUUGGAUUACAACCAGUGCUCUCAAUAAAAGUCACUGGCAACUGAACAAUUACACUAAUUUCGGCAGCCCUUUACUACCAUAAUCUCAGCUAUAUAAGACACUGGAAUGAUUGGAGAAUACUCCAAUCAUUGAACCCUAUUUUUCUUACUGUUGUUUGCGCUAUACCCUUUUUUAUUUUACUAUUGGUUCUGUGCUAAUUUUGUCUCUAUUUUUUGUACUGCACAUGCACCCACGAGAUGUGGACAUCUCAUAAAUUAUGAUUGUAAAUUAUCUCUGCGCGAUGGUCUCUUAUUUUUUUUUGUCGUUCUCCAAGUGAGAAUCUCUCCAUCGAACUCUUUUUAUUCCUCUUUGGGUUUGAUCUUCGUCAACUCCCAUAAAUUAUCUUCGCAGAGUGAUCCAUAGAAUAUGGAUCAUUACAGAUCAUCUUAAAUUUUAUCAAAUAUUCUUACAGAGAAUAGUGAUCCAUAAGAUUUGGAUCACUACAAUUUCUUCCGGAACUUCCACUUUCUUUUUACGUCCUGUUUUCUUAUUUGUGUCCUGUCUAUUGUCACACGACACACCCCGAUUUCGUAACUGUAUUAUGCGCAGGUUUGUGAACAUUGACUAGUCCUGAAUUUCAAAGUAUUUUCACGAUUUUCACUAAUUCUCACUCCGAGUUACAAUUAUUCUUUUCUGCCAUUCCCGGGCGAAAACACUAAAAAUUAUGUUGUGACCCAGCGAACACAUCAGACAUCAGAAUCCAAUCUUUAGUGAAAACACAUUACACUUUGGGAAUUGAACACUUUAUUCAGCUUUCAACUCUGAAUCUAGAACAAUCUUUCUAUUACAAUUCCCCUUUUUAUAAUCUUUGUCUUAUUUCUAGAAAGAUCUGAUUACUCAUGUGACAUUUCUUCCUAUUUCACCAUUUCUACGAAUCCCUCAAGAGAUCGUGUGAAUUCUCCUUCCGCAUUUGUAAUGCGCUUGACCCAUUAGGCGUCCAGCUAAAAGCAUUUAGACAAUUUAACUAAACAACCAUAAACAUGUCAUUUUAUUAGCCUCCAAAUGCGGAAAGAGCAUUAUUCGGCAUGAUCAGGAAAUGAGAUCAUACCCUCUGAGGGAAUAAGAAAAAAUCAUAUUUAGAGCAUUAUGAAAAAAAGAAUAUAGAUGGAAUGAAAUGUAACCCUGAUGGGGUUACAAUAUAUUCAUUGUACAUCAAGAGAUAUACGGUAACAUUUUCUUGUUAUCAAACCUUUGCCAGAUAUUUUUAAGAAACCCCUGAUUAUGAUUUCCAAGCGGUGAAGUUAGAAUUUAGAAAAUAAAGGCUUGUUGCUUUCGAUGUCUACUUUAUUCUGCUUAAAAAAAAUUGUUACACCUUAUAUAAGAUCGCCCUGUGAUACAAUAGGAAAAAUAAUGAGAUCAUUAUCUCUGGCGUACAUUUACGGGAUCUCUGAAUUUUCUCCCUUUUAACUUAUUCUAUGGUCUUGAGCGCCAAGGGCGGUAAUGUUGUGACUCGGCGACACUUCAGGAACUAACUCCCAGUAAAACACACUUCAUUUGGGGUUUGAGCACUUUAUUGGGACUCACUCUUACAACUCCCUUGCCAAACUUAACAACUUCCCUUCUACAAUUCCCCUUUUUAUAAUUUUUGCCUGAGGAAUACAGGACUAUUCCUCUUGAAAUAGUCGCAAUUUAUGGAAUUCUCGAAGAUUUCGUUUACUUCGAACUUUUGGUGAAGUUUUUCUUCCCAUAUGAAGGGAUUUUUUUGUAAUACCCGAAGAGGGAUUAGGAAACCUCAAAUCUGUUUUUGUUUCCAAGCAUUAUGGUAUCAUCUACGUGAAUGCAAUGCUUUAUAGUUUUCGUUUUGCUUAUAUUUUGUUACAUUCUCUCAUGGUCCCCCCUAAAGGGGAUUUGACAGAUCGUAAUCAAAGAAUUAUGAUUUCCACUGUGGAAAUCAGGGAUGAAAAUAAAGAAGAAUGGUGCUUCUUGUUUCGAUAUUUACUUUAUGGAUAUAUGGAUUUAUAUAUCGUAAUUUUAAUGGACCGAAUAGACUAUAGACAUUAUAGUGAUUGUUUGGAUAUUAUCCGUAUAUUCACUGGACUGUCUAAAGUUCUCUUCAUUGGAUUCCAUUUUAAAGCGUUCAAAUCAGAAACGCAUUUUUGAAAAAGCGAUAAGACUCGUAAAGAACUCAAAAUAUUAUCUUCUGAAUCAACAGGAUUUAAUUAAUAUCCGGCUCGUAGUUUACAAAUUUGAUUGUUCUAUGAUAUACCUUUAUGACCAUCAGUCCCUACAGGGGCUGAGGGGUAUUUAAUUGUCUUUCCAGCAGAAAAAGGGAGAGGAAAUACGUGUCAAUAAAAUUGAUGGUUUUUUAUUACAUUUAAAAGGCAUGACCGUUACAGUUCUUGCAUAUUAUGUUCUAUGAUUUUUAUUUAAAUUAUUUACAUUGUAAAUUGCGAAAGUUGAUUCCCAUUUCUGAAAUUGACAGAUGGGAUUUAUUUUUAAUAUGUUGAUAAAAAAUACCUAACUAAUUACUAAGAGAUAGACUCGAUAUAGUUUGCUAAAGUAGUAUUAUUGUGCCCCGGCGACACUUCAGGAACCAACUCCCAGUAAUAACACACUUCACUUUAGGAAUUGAGUACUUUAUUCGGACUCACUGCAACAAUUCCCUUGCCAAACUGAACAUCUUCACUACAAUUCUCUUUUCUUAUGAUUUUUGCCUUAGUGUUUAGAAAGAUCUUAUUGAUCAUACGACAUUUCUUUCUAUUUCUCAAUUUCUACGAAUCCCUCAAGAAUUCGCACGAAUUCUCUCUCCGCAUUUGGAAUACGCUUGACCCAUUUAGGCGUCCAGCUGAAAGCCUUUUAGACGAUUCAGCUAAACAACCAUAAACAUGUCAUGCGUUUUAUUAGUGUCCAAGUACGCAAAGAGCAUUAUGUGGCAUGAUCAGGAAAUGAGAUACCCUCUGAGGGAAUAGAAAUCAUAUUUGUAGCGUAAGGAAAGAAAUGAAAUUGCUAUGUGAAAAGGAACAUGAAUUAGAUGAAAUAUAACCCUGAAGGGGUUACAACAGUUUAUGACGAAGGUCACGUCUGGUCAAUUUGAAACCCAGCCUACGUAUUGUCCGAUAUAAAUUUGUGGAAAUUAUGCUAUUGAUCUACUAUAGAAGCAUUUUUAAAAAAUCAUUUUUUCUUAUAGGAACGCUUGUCCGUCCAUCAAUAUCAAGCGUUGUUUUAUAUUGUUAGGCUAUUACCUAAUAUAGCUUUUGCUAACUUCAUGAUUUUAUUUGAGAUUUUUAUGUUUUAUUUAAAAUAUCAUUCUAUCCUAUCUUUCAUGUAUGUCGUAUGUUGUUUCAUCAAUCAAUUGGUGAUUGAAUUAUCAUUUUUUGGCACUAUUUUUGGACUGCUAAACUAUUUAAGGAAGAUUGUUACACUACCCAAUGACAUGGGCAAAGUUUCAUUCAAGACUUAACUAGCUGAUUUUAUUUAGCUAGACUUUUUUGUACAGUUGAUGUUGUCUCCUCAAUAAAACACUAUUUUAUUGGGCUGCUACACUUUUUAUUGAAGAAGGUUGCACUGCCCAGUGGUAUGGGCUAGGUUUACACUGUGACUGAACCGACCUCUUGAAUUAACUAAGUGCGGGGUU